GGCGCGAUGGAGAUUGGGACGAUGCUCAGUUCUGUAUUACUAGGCGUCACCACCGUUCAGCUGUAUAUGUACUACACCAAAAAUUACCAGGAUCCGCUGUGGCUGCGUGCUUUUCAAAGCAGGUUGCUGGAAAUCACACUCACAUUACUCAACUGGGAAUAUCUCUACCACCUAACAGUCACAAACUACGGAAAACCUCCGGAUCUCGACAGGACACCUUGGACAAUCAAUAUCCAUACUCUGUUUGUCGGCCUCAGUGGAAGUCUCGUUCAGAUGUAUUUCACGUACAGGCUUCGUGCUCUGUCCAGGACACUCAUCCUCCCAGUAAUAGCAUGGACAGGGAGCGCCUUGCAUCUCAUAGGCUCUAUUUUUACCGUCGCGUUCCUCUCUAGAAUGUCAAUCGACAGGCUCGAGUCACAAGCAUAUCGGUGGUCCAUCAUAUGUACCCUCAUGUUUGAUCUGUUCGUCGAUAUCCUGAACACCGUCGGCCUCUCGAUGUGGCUCUAUGCACAGAAA